AAUUAUUGAUCGAAGAUUAUUAAUAUACACGUAGAAGAUAAUUAAAUAAAUAUUAAAAUUUAUAUAUACGAUGGGAAAUAAAUCACUAGAAAAUAAAUACAAUGGAUAUGAUUGAAAAGUAUAGGAAAUGGUAGUACGUGAGACGUAAUUUUUCUUUCUUUCUUUUUUUUUUUUCUUUUUUUUUUUUAAGUAAAAAAAAUAUAAAUUUAUACGAAAGAAAAUUAUUUCGAAUUUUUCUUUUUCUUCGUAAAGCUUAUCUUAUAAAUUUAAAUGUCAAACGAUAAUUUAUAUUUCAAAGAAUUAGAGAAAAUAUCGAUGAGAAUAGAAAUAGGGAAUUUAUUCCGGCGGAAGUCGUACCUUCAUUGGAGAUAUAUCCCAUCGUUUAUAUUAUUUUUUUUUUCUUUAAAUACGAACGAAUGUCUACGUUACUUGAAAGUUUUAUAUAUAUCGUUAAUAUCAAUGUGUAAAAUAAAUAAAUAAAUAAAUAAAUAAAUAAAUAAAUAGAUAAAUAGAUAAAUAAAGAUAAUAAAUAAAGUGUAUCUUCAAUACGUAUCAAUAAGAUAAUGAUAAAUUUUAUAAUUGAUGAUUUUUCAAUUGAUAUUUAUGUGUAAAUCUAAUAAAAGUGUAUAUAUUAGAAAAAUUAUUGAAGAUGAGUGUAGAUACUACGUUACAUAAUGAAAAAUGCCAAACUAACAGUAUCAAAUGUAAAAGAUCAACGUAUAUGGAUUGGGAUGAAUAUUUUAUGGCCGUAGCAUUUUUAAUUGCAAAGCGUAGUAAAGAUCCAAUUACUCGUGUAGGAGCUUGUAUAGUUGAUAAUGAUAACAAAAUAGUAGGUGUUGGAUACAAUGGUAUGCCCAGAGGUUGUAGCGAUGAUAUAUUUCCUUGGGAAAAAAAUUCUGUCAAUAAAUUGAAUGAAAAAAGGCUAUACGUGUGUCAUGCGGAAGUUAAUGCUAUAUUGAACAAAAAUUCUAAUAAAUUGAAGAAGUGUAGAAUGUAUGUUGGUCUUUUUCCAUGUAAUGAAUGUGCAAAAGUAAUUAUACAAUCUGGAUUGAAGACUGUUAUUUAUAUGUCAGAUAAAUACAGUCAUAAAAUUAAAACCAUAGCAGCAAAAAGAAUGUUUGAUGCCGCAAAAGUUAUGUACAUACGAUAUAUACCUAAGAACGAUAAAAUUGUGAUUGAUUUUAAUGAAAUUAAUUAUUUUUCAAAUAUGAAAAAUUUGGAAUCUGACGUUGUUGAGACUAGCUGUGACGUACAGAAUCACAAUGAUAACUACUGUGAUAAAUCAACUUUAUCAUUGGAAAAUGAUAAUAGUUCGACGAAUGUAGAGAAAACCGAUGAAGCGAGCGAAGAGAGAAAAAAAAAUGCAAUUGAAAUGAAAAGUUUAAUAAAAUAAUAUUUUUAUAUAGAUUAUGUAUAUAUUUGUUUAUUUAUUAUUUAUUUUCUUCUUGACAUGGUAUAGGUCAAAUCUUAUUUAAAUAAGAAGUCACCAUGAAGUCACAAUUGUGACUUACUGCUGCAAAGAUUGGUAUUCUCAGAAAUAUCAGUCAAUAUUUACAUAUAAAAUUUAAUGAUGAAUAGGUACAAACGCAGAUAGAGAAUACCACUUCUUUUAAUUUUUUUUACACAUAUAGUUAGUUUUAUUUUCCACUUUUAUCGGUUUAGUGGAUAUGUAAGAAAUAAAUAAACUAAUGUACAGAAAAUGAAUUAAUUUUUGUAAUAAUACAAGUAUAAUAUUAAGUAUAUAUAACACAGUAGUUUUUCUUUUAUGAAUUAUCUGCUGUACAAAUGUAAUGGAUGAGAAAGGAUAUAGUAUGGCAUGAUAGAAGCAUGUAGUACAACUUCUUUGAAACAGUAAAAUAAGGACAAUUGAAACUACAUGUUUAAUGUCUCUAUAUCGUUAUAGUAAUAGAAUGAUUCUAAGUCCAAAAUUUUAUAUAUAUAUAUAAGUAUAUAUGAAUAUGCUUAUGUACAUACUAUACAUGUGAAAAUUCAUUAAAAUUUAAAAUGUCUUUUCUUUUCUUUUUUUUUGUCGUUUGUUAGAAAUUUAACAAGAAAAAGUAUAUUGUGAAAAAGGACUGUUCCAUGAAUUAACUGUAUGAAGAAAGGUGUACAUGAUAAUUUUCUUUUUCCAUAAACAUUGGAACAAUGUAAUUUAUAUAGGAUAUAGGUAAAAUAUUUACAUCUAUAUCUUAUCUAAAUCAAGAAUCAAGGCAAGGACUAAAGGCAAAUCUGGAUUUAACAUCUGAAAAAUAUGUGCGAUCCUUACUCAGCAUUAUUUAUUUUUCUAAAUUAUUUAUGAGCGUGAUAGAAAUUUUCAUGACCAGAGGUAACAACUUUCGAUAAAGAUUGGAGCAAUUAAUAUAUAAACCUUGUUUGAGAGAUUGAACAGUCACAUAUAGAAGUUGCGUUGUAUUCGAAAAAAAAAAAAACCCAAAAAAAAAACCCAAAAAAAAAAAAACAAAAAAAAUAAGAAAAAAAAAAGGAAAAAAAAAUAUAUAUAUAUACCAAAACGAA